AUGGCUGCAAUCUUAGCUCGGAAAUCACUCCUUGCUCUUCGUGCCCGCCAAUUGGCUGUAAGCGGUCAAGGGCUGCACAGCUCCCAAUCCUAUGGGCUUCGAUUAAGUGCACACUCCUACUCUACCAAACUAGAGGAUGAACAAAGGGAGCAACUUGCGAAGGAAAUUUCAAAGGAUUGGAGUUCAGUUUUUGAACGAAGCAUCAACACACUUUUUCUCACUGAAAUGGUUCGAGGUCUAAUGCUGACUCUGAAAUACUUCUUUGAGACAAAAGUUACAAUCAAUUAUCCAUUUGAGAAAGGCCCUUUGAGCCCCCGAUUCCGUGGUGAGCAUGCACUCCGACGAUAUCCAACAGGGGAGGAACGUUGUAUUGCUUGCAAACUUUGUGAAGCUAUAUGUCCUGCACAAGCAAUCACAAUUGAAGCUGAGGAGCGAGAAGAUGGCAGCCGCAGGACAACACGGUAUGAUAUUGACAUGACCAAGUGCAUCUAUUGUGGAUUUUGUCAAGAGGCAUGCCCUGUUGAUGCCAUUGUAGAAGGGCCAAACUUUGAAUUUGCUACAGAGACUCAUGAGGAGCUUUUAUAUGACAAAGAGAAGCUGCUCGAAAAUGGGGACCGAUGGGAGACUGAAAUUGCAGAGAACCUGAAAUCUGAAAGCCUUUACCGCUAA